GGCAGGCGGCGGCCAGGCGAGCGCGGGGCGGCCGGACCGGGGCCAUGGCGCCCGCGCAGCGCCCGCUGCUGCCGCUGCUGCUGCUGCUGCUCCCGCUGCCGCUGCCGCCGCCGCCGCCGCCGCCCUUCGCGCGCGCCGAGGACGCCGCCCGCGCCAGCUCGGACCGCUACGCCGUGUACUGGAACCGCAGCAACCCCAGGUUCCACGCGGGCGCGGCGGACGACGGCGGGGGCUACACGGUGGAGGUGAGCAUCAACGACUACCUGGACAUCUACUGCCCGCACUACGGGGCGCCGCUGCCGCCGGCCGAGCGCAUGGAGCACUACGUGCUGUACAUGGUCAACGGCGAGGGCCACGCCUCCUGCGACCACCGGCAGCGCGGCUUCAAGCGCUGGGAGUGCAACCGGCCCGCGGCGCCCGGGGGGCCGCUCAAGUUCUCCGAGAAGUUCCAGCUCUUCACACCCUUCUCCCUCGGCUUCGAGUUCCGGCCCGGCCACGAGUACUACUACAUCUCUGCCACUCCGCCCAAUGCUGUGGACCGGCCCUGCCUGAGGCUGAAGGUCUAUGUCCGGCCGACCAACGAGACCCUGUACGAGGCCCCUGAGCCCAUCUUCACCAGCAAUAACUCGUGCAGUGGCCUGGGCAGCUGCCAGCUCGUCCUCAGCACUGUCCCUGUGCUCUGGACACUCCUGGGCUCCUAGUCCUGGCCCGCCUGGACGGUCCCCCUGGACGGCCUGCCUGGAUGGCCUUGCCUGGACGGUCCCUGGACGGUCCCCCUGGAGGGCCUUGCCUGGACGGUCCCCCUGGACGGCCUGCCUGGAUGGCCUUGCUGGACAGUCCCCCUGGAUGGCCUUGCCUGGAUGGUCCCCCUGGAGGCCUUGCCUGGACGGUCCUCCUGGACGGCCCACCUGCCGGAUGGUCCCCUGGACGGCCUCGUCUGGACGGUCCUCCUGGACGGCCCACCUGCUGGACGGUCCCCCUGGACGGCCUCGCCUGGACGGUCCCCCUCGAUGGCCUCACCUGGACAGUCCUCCUGGACGGCCCACCUGCUGGAUGGUCCCCCUGGACGGCCUCGCCUGGAUGGCCUCGCCUGAAGAACACACAGACACUCCAUUUCUCCCAUGACAGGUGCUGCCCCUGCCAGGUGGGGGGCGUCCAGCGCCCCGGGACCCGCCCUGGGGGGUGCGUGGCUAAGGGUCCUGAGGCCAGGCCAGCCCUUCCGGAGUGCCGGAGAACCUAAGAACCUCUUGGCAGUGGUUUUGUUUUAUGGCGGACUCAGAAAGACUUGAGUUUCUAAUUUAAUUUAUUCCUUUGCUGUUGCUGGUGACUUUGGGAAGGAAACAGAAGGGUAUGGGCGGGUGGGGGCUCCUGGUCCCGGGGGCACGGGCCUCAGGAGACCCCCUGGUCAGCUCACCCCGUUUGUCUUGCGGGGUCCUGGCUGGCGCCACCCUGCACCUCCCACGGGCCCGGGGGGAAGGGGGUAGUGAGAAGUGGCCCCAGGCCCCCCGGAAUCUGAGCCCACCCCAGCCCCUGCCCCUGCCUCACCCGCCUCCUCGGGGGCUCCUUUCCCAGAGUGGAAAUCCAGGAUGUUUCACCGGGGGCCACGGCCCGCUCUGAGUCCCAGGCCCCCGAGUCUAGAACCCCUUGGGCGCCCCCCCCCCCCGCCCAGCCUCACCUGCCGGCCGCCGAGGCCCAGAAGACAUGACGUUUCUGUAAAUAGAGCCAGCAAGUAUAUAUACUGUGAUUUAUUUUUACUGUAUUCCUAAGGACGGCCUGGAAAGUCUCUUUUUUUUUUUCCCCUUCCCGGGAGGGGGGGCACUUUUUUUGGCGGGGGUGGGGGUGGGGGGACUCUUUAGAGUAGAAGCCACACUUCGCAAUAAGCUCAGUUGUCUGUCGGAGCCCCCUCCCCUUGCUCCCGGAACUAACCAUGUUUGUAAGGGAAAACAGGACGAAGCAAAACACCGGGGGAGCCCACCCCCAGAAAAAGACACCCCCCGACCCUUUAAAGAAGCAAACAGCAUUUAUACAGAUUUCAUAUUUCUACCCGCCUUUCCUGAUCUGUGUUUUCUAUAUAUUCUAUAUAAGUAUAUAUGGUGCGGGGCUGCCAGGUGGGGCUUUUGUAGGGGCAGCGGGCGGGCGGCGUGGCCACGCCUGGAGCUGGCGGCGCGGACUCCCCCUCCGUUACAAUCAACUUUGAAUUCUGUAUUUUUUUAUAAUAAAACGAGUGUAAACCUCCA